ACAAAUUAUGAUGCAAUUCCGUUUACACAUGUUGUGCGAGGAAAUUGUGCGGCUGCGUUUCCGAAUGUUGAAUUCCUCUGCAAAAACCCCCAGUAAUCUCUGACUCAUUUUGAAAGCCAUGCUGCAAGAUCUUUCGUAUCUAGGUAAUUUUCUAAUGACAAACUUGACAAUGGUCUACACUUAAACAGUAUCGAUCGAGAUCUGAACACCAGUUGUUUGAAGUCUGUCAUAAACCCUGUUUUGAAGCCGUCCAAUGCCUGCACAGCAUCAGUCAUGAUUGAGAGAUCGGAGGAGGAACAUCCAAUCAGGCGGAUCCAGGAGGAUCAUCAUCACCUGUGCGACAUCUCCAUCAAGACGGACAAGGGCAAACAUGCCCAAAAGCAAGCCGCAACAUGGAAAGAGGUGACAGUGUCACUGACGGCGGGAGCAGUCGCUGGAGCCACCGCCAAGACGGUGAUUGCGCCCCUGGAUAGGACAAAGAUCCUUUUUCAAACCUCUGAUAUGCAUUUUAGCCCCCGCAAGGCUCUGAACCUUAUCUCCAAGGUGUACCACAACGAGGGAAUCAUCGCCCUAUGGCGCGGCAACUCGGCUACGAUGGCCCGCAUCAUCCCGUACGCUGCCAUUCAGUAUGCAUCUCACGAACAGUACAAGAGUCUACUAAACCCAACCAAAGCACCGAGUUUACAGCCAAUCCCAAGGUUUCUGGCUGGCUCGUUGGCCGGUGUUACAGCAUCCACAUUAACGUAUCCUCUAGACUGUGUCCGAGCCCGCAUGGCCGUCACUAACCGCGAAAGCCACAAGUCCAUGAGCAGUAUCAUUAGAAUUACGUUUCGUCAGGAAGGCCUCGUGAGUUUCUACCGAGGCUAUCUACCCACUGUGCUAGGGGUAAUCCCGUACGGCGGGAUAAGUUUCUUCAUCUUUGAGACCUUCAAGAAGAGGCAUCGAGAGUUGACAGGCAAGUCUCAUCCGACACCAUCCUACAACAUGGCGUUCGGCGCCGUGGCGGGCCUGGUGGGCCAGUCCGCCUCCUACCCGCUAGACGUGGUCCGCCGGCGCAUGCAGACGGCGGGACUCACCAAGUACACCUACGACACCAUCGUCAACACGGCCAGGGAAAUCUACCACGAGGGGGGUGUGGUGCGGGGACUGUACAAAGGCCUGAGCAUGAACUGGGUCAAGGGCCCCAUUGCGGUGGGGGUCAGCUUCACGACAUACGAGCUGGCUCGCCGGUUCCUACAGCAGAGGGUACUACACGACGACGUCGGCUGAAACCGUACGGCAUGCGCUUCAUGUGGCAAUAUUUUCAAGCUGUCGAGUACAAAAUAGACGGAAAGAAUGUUGCAACCUGACGCUGCUUUUUUCCUUCAUAUAUCAUCUCAUGGAAGGUCAGUCAUUGGAAAAAUAAUGAUAAGACAUGAAUCUGGGACUGAGAAAUAUUUUCCUAUUUUGUUAGGAAAUACUUACAAAAUGUUCUUGACUCUCCGUAGACUUUGUACGCAACCACUGAAGUAGCGUCAGGUUGCAACAUUCUUUCCAAAUAGACAUUUAAUUUAGUUUUUCUAAUUAGCUGAUUAUUUUUUCAGCUGUUCCUCAGGGUUUGUACAUUUUAACCUUGCAGAGGUGAAUAACAUUUUUGUGCCGAACUUUGUCACUGAUAUUAAAGCAAUUAGAAAGGCGUUAAACCAUACGAGCCGUCCUAACAGAAAAAAAC